CCGGCCGGGCUGCGCCCCGCGCCGCCUUCGCGGCGAUGAAGCGCCCUUGCGAGGAGACGACCUCCGAGAGCGACGUAGACGAGACCAUCGACGUGGGGAGUGAGAACAAUUACUCCGGGUGAGCGCGGGCUAGGCGGGGCUGUCCAGAGCCCGAGGGUGUCGGGGAGCUUUGUGCACAGCGGCUCCUUGGAAAUCUCUAGGCUGCUUUCCUCGGCGCCUCGGAGGAGCAGGCGAAAGUUUUGCACGAGAAACUUUGGUGGGCGCGCGCUGUGCUUGCAUUGGGAUGGGGCGAGAGAAGUCGCUUUUCAACGUACAGGUGGGGAGGGAGAGAACGGGGAACGGGUGUGAAAGGAGAGGUGCAGGGGCUGGCGAAAGAGGAUCCGGGCUGUCAGCGGGUGGGCGCGCGAAACCGGGGCGUCCCGGCGAAGCCACCGAAACUGUAUUUGGGGGGAGUUUAAAAACAGAUUUUUUUAUUUUUAGAGAGACUAAAAAAACACUUGCUUUUUGGCGAAGUUAAAGCAAUUUGUGAUGUCAAGGUUAAGUAGGGUCGAGCUUCCAGGUUGACCGUGUGUGACUGGGCUGACCUGCGAGUGACAGAUGUAAGGAUCGGUUCGGUUAACAACUCUUUGACUGCUUGUUCAUAAAUCUGGAAAAGAUCGGGGUCGUGAUCACAGAAGCCAGACCUCCACUUUCCCGUGACAGAGGGAGAUUACUGAGGCAUUUUAGUGCCAAGGCAAAGUACUAGCUCUGUGAUUAGAUCAAAUUCUCCAACAACAACAUCUCAGAUCAUGGCAAGAAAGAAAAGAAGAGGGAUUAUAGAGAAAAGGCGUCGGGAUCGGAUAAAUAACAGUUUAUCUGAGUUGAGACGACUAGUGCCAACCGCUUUUGAAAAACAAGGAUCCGCAAAAUUAGAAAAAGCUGAAAUACUGCAAAUGACGGUGGAUCAUUUGAAGAUGCUUCAGGCAACAGGAGGUAAAGGCUACUUUGACGCGCACGCUCUUGCCAUGGACUUCAUGAGCAUUGGAUUCCGAGAGUGCCUAACAGAAGUGGCAAGAUACCUGAGCUCCGUGGAAGGCCUGGACUCUUCGGACCCACUGCGCAUGCGACUCGUCUCUCAUCUCAGCACUUGCGCCUCCCAGCGGGAGGCGGCGGCAAUGACGUCUUCCAUGGCCCACCAUCACCCCCUACAUCCACAUCACUGGGCAGCUGCCUUCCACCAUCUUCCCGCGGCUCUACUCCAACCAAACGGACUCCACGCCUCAGAAUCAACCCCUUGUCGCCUCUCCACAACUUCAGAAGUGCCUCCUGCCCACGGCUCCGCUCUCCUCACUGCCACGUUUGCCCAUGCCGAUUCUGCCCUCCGAAUGCCGUCGACGGGCAGCGUCGCCCCUUGCGUGCCACCUCUCUCCACCUCUCUCUUGUCCCUCUCGGCCACCGUCCACGCCGCCGCAGCAGCAGCCACCGCAGCUGCUCACAGCUUCCCUCUGUCCUUCGCGGGAGCUUUCCCCAUGCUCCCGCCAAACGCAGCGGCAGCAGUGGCAGCCGCGACAGCUAUCAGCCCGCCCUUAUCAGUAUCAGCUACAUCCAGUCCUCAGCAGACAGGCAGUGGAACAAAUAAACCUUACCGACCCUGGGGGACAGAAGUUGGAGCUUUUUAAGUUUUCAAGGAAGCUGUUCAUUGAACAACUUGCAAUAGUAAUUGAAUGUCCUUCAUUUCAGAGUCAGCUUAAAACCUCUACACCGAGAAGACGGCCCUACAGAUGCCUACAGAUCCACAAAGAAACAAUAAAGCUGUUUGAGACACAAAGCUCACAAGUGGAAAUGUUAUCUUUUUUCUCUUUUAUUUCAUUUUUAAGGCAGCUUGCUAACUGACAGCAACUUUUAAAAACUUCCUUCUUAUUUCCACUUAGAAGUUUCCUGGAAAAGAUAAGGGUUGUACCAUCCAGCAAUGCAUCAGUAUGUCUCAGUUAUGGACAAGAAGUGCCCUGACUGAAUUCUCUUGAAAUUGGAUGGGAAAAAUUAUAGUGUUUCAUAAGUGCCUGAGCUAGUAAAGUUUUCUUCUGAACAUAGGACAUUGCAUAAGAAGAACAUAGAGGUUGUGUUAAGAAAGGAAAGGGACAGAAGUCUUGCAUUAGGCUGCAGACAUUUAAUACAAUUCCAGAGAAGAGUAUUCUUUUGAAACCGGGUUUUUAUUGGCCAAAAGGAUUGCAGAAAAUAAUUUUCAAGUUGGAAGACCUAGUUUUAUCUAGUUUACACUUUGUUUGUACAGACUUGUCAAGUGGUGAUGUUUAGCAAUGUGUUGGUAUAAGCAAUUAUCCCAUCAGUGUUUGGAUUAGCAAGCAUUUCUGCCUUGCCAGCAAGACCCCCAGGCACUUUUCUUUCCUUUUUUCAUGGCUCAAAAUAUGGUGCUUCUUUAUAUCUAUACAAGCCAUACACUUAUAUAGUACACCUAGAAGCAAUUGGCUACUGUGUUGCCCACUCAAGAUUGUUUGAUUCAUGCUAACCCGAAAACUCUAGUUUGCAAGAGUUGGAUUAAUUUAUUUAGUUUCACUUGGACGAUUUUUAUGUUUAUCCUCUUCAUUUUCCCCUGAUAACAUGUAAUAUCUAUUCUUGUCACCUUUUGGGAGAAGUUGCAUUUCUGGAGGUGAUGAAACAGGGAGAGAGCAUUGGAAAGAGAAAGCCACGAUUCCUAAGUGCUCUUUAUCAGGUUAGUGAUUGCAUUUGAUCCCCAAUCAAGAAGAAUGUAUUCAAUGGGAUGUACAUAUUUUUGUCCAUGCCUAGACUAGUGCUACAUAAACGUAUUUUGGUUUUGUUUCUUGCUUUUGUUUUCUGACCUAAAAUAAUCUUAAUACGUUGAAAUUGAGCACAUGAGAUUUUGUUUGAAAGAUAAAGACACAGCAUGUAUUAUGCACUUCAUUUCUCUGCUGUGUGGAGAAAGCAAUAAACAUUAUGAGAAUGUUAAACAUUAUGCAAAAUUAUACUUUUAAAUAUUUGUUUUAAAAUUACUGUGCCUAGUCCUUUUUUUUUUUUGCAUUGCUUUGUAACUUUCUAUGCAAAGUCUUUACAUAUCACUAAUUAAAUGAAGUCCUUUUUGACUGUUUAUGUGGAUGAAUUGCUUCGCAGAAUGGAAACUUUAAGAGGGGCCUUGAUUUACCAACUAAGCCACGGCUUUUCUUUUUUGCUUUCAAAGUCAUUUGGCUGAUAUAAUUCACAGUGUCUUUGAAAACAGCGUUUUUCUGAGCUUGUAAAUCAAUUAAGCAUAAGCGGAUAUGACAUUAUUUGGAGGCAGGAAGUGAUCCAUUUCCUCUGCCUUUUAUUUUAACUAUGGCUCUUGGAAAAGUGCAAACACAAGACUUCCAGAUGAGACUAUACCAAAUAUAGGUUAGUAACUAGAUUGUGUCAUUUGUAACUCAAAAACUUUUGCAGAGGGUUUGUAAAACAUCACAUGCAUGCGUGGUAGGCAUACCUAUACUUCUGAUGAUAGAUACUCCAUAUGUCAAUGAAAACAAUCCUUCCUUGUUGUGGAAAUUUUGUGAGUAUCCCUCCCUUCUUCAGUGAAUCUCAAAUGAGGCUGUUGCAGAGUUCCUGAAGCUGUUGAGCCAAACAACAUGAAAAGAAUAAAAAAUACUGUUUUUAUUACACACAUCAAUUAAUGCUCAAAGAAGGAAAAAUGGAAGGGCUUUUACAUUAUUUUAAUUUUGAAAAAUAAGUAGAUCAUUUAUCUAAUUCUGUAAGCAAGUCAGACUUAUAUGAAAAGGUGUGCAAGAGCACACCGCCUCAUUUUCCCUGUUUGUAAGUCCUGUGGUUGUUUUAUCUUAAGAUAACUCUGAUGGAAUUAGAUACCAAUAAGAAAACGGAUUUAGUAGUAUUUGGAAUUUGCUUUUUAAGCAUGAUUUAUGGAAAAUAUGCAUAUAAUUAAUUUUAAUUGUAAGAUCUAAAAACUGAUUCUGUAUCUAUUGUAAUUUUAGCCUUUUUGAAAUGUAAACUUUGAGAGAUCAGAAAUUUUUUUUUAAUUAUGAUCAAAUAUUUAAGAUAUAUCCCCUUCCUCUUUCCCUUCCUUUUUGUUUGUUACAUUUUUUUCUUACCAGUUAUGGGUUAUGAUUUUUCAAUGUAGUUUAUUAGUAUAUUUGCAAACCAACUUGUCACUUAAUCACUAAGGGCUAUUAGCAUUCCUAAAAGUUAUCAUUGUCAAUAAUUUUGGUCUUUUCAAUUUAAUUGGGCCAUGAUUCAUGUUUCAUAUAAAAAAAUCAAAACCAAACCUCUUGGUGACUUAAUAGCAACCCUAUAGGAAAGAGUAGAACUGCCCCACAGGGUUUCCAAGAAGCAGCUAGUGGAUUCGUUCUGCUGAUCUUUUGGUUUGCAGCCAUAGCUCUUAACCACUGUGCCACCAGGGCUUCGUGUUUCAGAUAGUCAGCUUUUAACUCCACAUUUCACAGUGUUCACCUGAGAUUUGCCAGUGGAUUUUCCCUGACCAAUCUGUGUUUUAUGAGGGUGUUGUUUUAUCUUUUAGGCGUGGUGAUUUUCAUGUUUGCUACUGAAAUAUAAAAGGAGUUAAGAUUUUUUAGAUUAUUUUGAUGGUUCAAGGUAAAGAAAACUUAGGCUUUAUUGGUAGCAUUUAUUUGUGUAAAAGUUAAAAAGGGGGAAUUUCUAAAAUUUUGUUUUUCUUAAUUAGAACAGAACACAGUUUUGCAUUUCACAUUCUUAUUGUUGUUGAGUUGAUUCUGACUUAUAGCAAUCCUACUGGAAAGAGUAGAACUGCCCUGUAGGGUUCCCUAGGCCGUAAUCCUUACAGAAGCAGAUCUCCAGGUCUUCUUUCUCUCAGAGUGGCUGAUGGGUUUUAACCACUUUUUGGUUAGCAGCAGAGCAUUUAACCAUUGUGCUCCUUUAUUUCACAUUAGUGAACCAGAAGGUAUUUACUGAGUAACUAUUGUGUGCCCAGCACUGUACUGUGUGUGUCAUGUUUUGACUGGUGUGUAGUUAGUAGCACAUGAAAAUGUGAUCCUAUAGCCCAACAGUGACAAGCAUGGCUGCUGCCCUAGCUAUUCAUGUCAGGUUACCAGAAAAAGCCAGUUGUCACGGGGUCAAUUCUGAUUCAUGGCAGCCCCAGGUGUUUCACAGUAGAACUACACUCCACAGGAUUUUCAGGGCUGUGACCUUUCGGAAGUAGGUUACCAGGCCUUUCCUCCAAGGUGCCUUUUGGUAGGUUCAAAACACCCACCUUUGGGUUAGUAGCCCAGUGCUUAACCAUCCAGACCACCCAGGGUCUCCACAUGAGGGCCCAGGGGCCCUUAAACACAAAAGAAGGUGGCACCCUGAGAAAGAGGAAAGGAAUUUCUGGGAGCUAGUACGGGUUUUUUUAGUACCGGAGGUUUUGCACUCUUCUUAGAUCUUUUUUGCUACUACAAACAGUAUUUCCUAUUGUUUUUGAAGACAUCUGAGGGACUGUUAAGUAUCUAUGUAUGUUGAAACAUAAAAAAGCCCAGAUUUGAAUUAGAGGGAUGUCUCUAAGCUCUGUAUGUACAUACGUAUCAUUUAGUCUUAAGAAAGCCUUUUUGAUUGUGUGAUACAUUAAACUUGUUCUUUUGCCAAUUGCUAAAAAAAUGUUUCUGCAAAGAAAGAGUCACCACAUUAGGCAAAUUAUAAAGCAAUAUGAUUUUAGAACUACUGUAAUUUCAUAAGACUUCAUCAUUUGAUCUAAAAUCAGCUUUUUAAGAAAAAAAAGAAAAAAAACUACCACGAUAUAACUUUACACAUGGAUCAUAAGACACAUCCCAAUUUCCAGGAUGUAAAAAUGUUGAAAAAACGCCUCUCGUAUUUGAAGCAAUACUAUAACACAAUGUAUUGUACUCAUAAUGAACAUAAUGAAAGCAAAUUAAAAAAAACAAAAUCCGUGGCUUGAAAUGUACACAGUUAGAUUUAAAAGUGGCUGAUUUGGCUUACUUUUAAAAUAUCAUUAGGAUAGGGUCCUAGUCAAAAAAAAAAAAUGUGAAUUGACUUUGUAAGCUGAAUGAUCUAAAAGAUAGAUGUACUUUUUUAAGCUUUUCAUGUUUUUAUUGCCCAAUGGGAGUAGUGCUAGUUCUGCUGCAUUUUACUGACGAAUGGAGUUUGCCCUUCCCUUGUAAUUAUUUUAAGAGCUAAGCAAUGAUUGAGGUUCUGAAUAUUUCAGCAACUACAACAAAGCAUUACAGCAAACAUGACAUUAUAAACUGUAACUGUAGUUCAUGCUCCUUGGAAGGAUGUCUUUGAACUUAGAUGGGAGAACUUGAAAAGAAAUAAAAGCCCCUUAGCAUGCAUAGACCAGCUUAUGUGAGGGCCCAGAGGCAUAUUAGAAAGAGUUCUAUAGGCAAAAAUCCUCAUUCUUUCAUUGAUUGGGUGGCACUUUUCUACCACAGUCCUCUCAUUUUGAACUUCAAAGGAAGAGACAGAUCCUCUGCUAUGACUGACAACCAGCAUCUACUGUAAAUCAGAUGUGACUGUAAAUCAGAUGUGAUACUAACUGCUAAAACUGUUGGGUGGUUCUCGGUGCUAAGCGUUGGAAAUCUAUUACAGCAUUUACGCCUCAUAAUUGUUGUAUCGAAUAGAUACUAUUUUUGUCCUUAUUUUACACAUUAGGAAUUAGGGAAUAAAAGAUU